CCUCCAACAUGCACCACGGUGACGUCAGUUCUGCAUGAUGGCGGUAGCCUGGACUAUUUUGAAUCCCGUCCCGCUUUUCUAGCAUUAAGAAGGCACAUUUGAACACUGAAAAUGCCACGACGCCACUUGGAGAGCACCAACUAAACCACAAACACUACCAUGGACUCGGUGGUGGGCGACGACCAGACGCUCCCCGUUGACUUGAACGGAAGCUCACCAAAUGAUUUUAUAUCCAGCUGCAGCCUCCCGGACUCGAUCAAUGCUAGUAGCCACUCCACCACGGGCGUCAUGACAGCGCUGUCCUGUCCCAGCAAGAUGUCCCCCAUCAAAGCCCUCACCAUGAAGGACUAUGAAAAUCAAAUCACCGCGCUGAAGAAGGAGAACUUCAACCUGAAACUGCGCAUUUACUUCAUGGAGGAGCGCAUGCAGCAGAAAUGCAAUGACUCCACAGAGGACAUAUUCAAAACGAAUAUUGAGUUGAAAGUGGAAUUGGAGUCAAUGAAGAGAGACAUGGCAGAGAAGCAGGAGUUGCUCGUGUCUGCGUCCAAAGCGCUGGAGAGUCUGGCUGGUCGAGAGACUGGUGAGCCGCAGCGCAUCAGAGAACAAGCGCAGCGUGACAUGGAUGCGCUCCGUGACUCGUUCAACAAGACAAUUGCAGAACUGGAAGAAUCCUUGCGAACAGCCGAAGAUGAGGUGGAGAAGAUGGCUGCCAUCGCUGAGCAAGAAAAGCUCAAAAACAUCAACAUGGAGAAGCAGCUCCAAUUCGUGGGACUGCCCGGCUCCGUGCAAGACCUACAGCUGGCCCUGCAGGAGAAGGAAAGCAUGAUUGAGCAGCUGAAGAUGACCUUAACAAAUCAAGAAGCAGAGCUCCGUCAGAGCAACGACAGGCACAGAGAGAUGGACAUGCUUUCUUCUGAUCAAGUCAAACAGCUAACAGAUGAACUUCAGGCCCUGAGGGACGAACUACUCAGCGAAAAGGACAAAAUAAAACCUGACCACCAGAGCGAGGUUCAUCAACUCGAGUCCGUCAACAAGCUGCUGACUGAAGAGCUCACCCAGGCAAAAAGUACCCAUGAGAACCUGACAAAGACGCUGGAAGAAAUCCAGAGUGAAAGCAAGAUGCUGUCAGGAAGGCUGGAUAAGAGUGAGAAUGAACUCCAAACUGAGAAGAAAAACGGGCUAAAGCGAGACAAAACUAUUCAAGGGCUCACACAGGUCAUCAAAGAAAAAGAGAAAGAGAUUGCAGAGUUGUGCCAUGAGAUUGAGGACCGGGAUGAUGCUCUCGCCAAAGCCAGGGAGACAGCACACAAGGCUCAGAUGCAAAAAUAUCAGGGAGCGGAAGAACACCAAAGUUUAUUAAUGACCAAGCAAACAGAGCUGAUCCAGCUCCAGGGCGAGCACCACGCCAAGGUGCUCGAAGCCCAAAAGCUGCAGCGGGCCCUGGACAGGAAGGAGCAUGAGCUAUCUGACUUGCAUCAGGCAAAAGAGCAGCUGGAGGUGCAGUUGGAAGACCUGCAGCAGCAUAAGAAGAAGGGAGACAAAGCCUUGAAUGAUCUUACCAACCAACUGAAAAAGCUCCGCGAUGAAAUCGGGGAAAGGGAAAGUUCUUUGCAGCAUCAGUACCAGGAGCUGUUGGACCAAACCAAAAGAAAAGUGCACGCUCAUGAAGUCACCAUCCAGCGGCUAACAUUCACCUUGGCUGAUAAAGAGCAGCAGUUACAGGAGUACAUGAAAGCGGUCAGAGAUUUUGAGCAAAACAAGAGUCCCUCAGGAAACGACGGGAUGCUCGCGAAGCUGUGCCAAAGGUUGAAAGAGAAGGAAAAGGCACUAGAGCAAGCGCUGGAUGAGAGAUUUGCAGCCAUCGAAGAGAAAGACAACAAAAUCCAUGAGCUGCAACUGUCACUCCGUGUAAAGGAGAGGGACCUCGAGAGGCUCAAGAACAUUCUGUUGCACAAUGAAGAAACUAUUAAUAGUUUUGAUAGCCUGAUCAAGGAGAAGGAUCUGGAACUGCAGCAGCUUGCAAACACACUAAAGAACCUGCAGAGGGCCAAGCAAGACAUGGAGGACAACAUGAACAGGUCGCUGAGAGAGAAAGACUCCAUCAUUAGCCAGCUGCAGCUCUCCCUCAACGGCAAGAUCAAAGAUUUGGAGGAAUUGUCAGAAUCGGUGCUGAGCCAGUCGCAAAGUCACGCACGCGACUUGGCCGAGCAGAUGGGCCAGAGGUUAAAGGUGAAUGAGGCAAUGCUGGCCGAGUCCGUGAAAGCCAGGGAAAGGCUUUUGGCUGAAAACGAGGUCGCCGUGGAAGGACUGCUGGCAACGAUUAGGAGCAAGGACCAACUCAUCAAGGAGUCCGCUGAGCACUACAACCGCAUGCUAUCUGAGCGUUCCCAAGAGAUUCAGGAGCUGAGGAAGCAGCUGUCCGACAGCUAUCAGCUCACCGCCGCUGAGAGGCAAAGCUCCACGGCGGCCCAGAAGGAAUCUUUGGAAAUCGCAGAGCUGCGAUUCCUCCUCAACGAAAAAGACGGCGUCCUAGAAAGGCUCCUCCACCGUGGCCAGGAGACGGAGCACGACAAGGAGCCAGAUUACGUGCUGGAGCUAAGACAAACCAUCCAGAUCAUGCAAGAGAAGUUAGAUGAGCGCCAAGCCGAACUCUCCAGGAGGAACAGCGACGACAGGAUUGAGAACAUUCCACUAUCCAAGAAGACUGUUGUAGUUCUUAAGAAAGAGCUGGCACAGAAAACGGAUGCUCUCAACAAAGCGCUGAAAAGGGAGAAUGAACUGAAGAUGUCUUUAGCCGAGCUGCAGGCUUUGCUGUCCGAGCUGGAGGGCCGCAGUGAAGGCCAGGCCGCCAACAUCGAGUCCCUGACUGCCACCCUUGAGACCAAGGAUGAGAUCAUUCAUGUUCUCCAACAACGCCUCGGCCCGCAAGGGGACACGCAAGGUGAUUUCGCCCCGGAUCGGGUCAUUGGCGGCAGCCUCCAUCGAUCGCCUUCGGGGCUCCCAGAAAGAGAGAGAACCAUGAUUGGUGGAGACAGCCAGCAAGAAGCGCUUCCCAACCUAGUAGCUUUGCAGCAGGAGCACGAGGCUCUCAACAAAGCGCUGAGGGCCGAGCAGCAGCUCUACUCCAGCCUUGUCAGGACUGUGAAGGAGCAGGACAGCGCCCAACGUCUUCAUGCGCUGCAGCUGGAGCUGACGGCAGUGCAGCUCCUCAGGCAGCAGCUGGAGGACGGCGUCAAAGCCAACGAGGAGCUCAGAGACGACUUGGAGAGAGAGCUAGACAGAGCCAAAGUCAGAGAAGGCGUGAAUGUAGUUGAUGCCAAAGAACUGGAGAGCAUGCAGCAUCAGCUGGAAGAUGCCCAGCGUUGGAAUGCCUCUCUGCAGGCCCGCUUGGGGGCCAUCCAGAACCGCGGCGGAGGAGUGGGCGGCACCGGCGACAGCCGAGACUCGCUGAGUUUCAUCGGCGACCAGACCUCUUACAUGAGCAUUUGUGUGGAUGAGGGGCAUGACAACAUUUCACCACAGGAGCUCAAACUGAAGGUGCAAGAGCUGCAGGACUGUGUUAGCAAGCUUCAAGCGUUAAAUGUAGUCCUCCAGAGCAGGCUGGCAGCACAUGAGAAGGAUGACCAAAACCUGGCCAACAGUCACCCAUGGAAACAGCAGCCAGACACAACAACGAUUACCGAGGUGCCGCCUGUUGCUCACCAGACGUGCCGCUCUCAAGACAAAGAGAGUCAGACGGACAUCACAUUGGGGCAGCUUCUUGGGGAUGAGAGUGUGGACAGCGGCCAGGGCCAGAGCAGAGAGAAUGCUCGUUGUGCCGCAACAGAGAUUGAUUCUGUAAAAUGUCUUCUGACUGAUAAUGGUGCUGCAUCACUCCUGCACCUUAGAGAGGAAGUCCGCAGGCUCACAGCUGAAAACGUGCGACUGCAAGGUCUGCUGAAGGAACAAAUGUCCAGCGAGUGCAAAGAGAAGGAGAGCACAGAAGCGUCGGGCAACAGUAGCGAUGAAUCAAGACAGAGUCAAGAAACUUUGCAGGGUCAACCUAAGGACAAAGAUGAGGAGUGCACAAUGGCUAGGAGGGCCCUGAUCACCACAGAGGAAGUGGAAACUCUGCAAACUGGCGAUCACCGCAAGAUUUCAAAACAGAUGGCCCCUUUCAGAUCUCGAUUGCCUGUCCCUGUGAGGCCGAGAGCAGAAUCUUGCAGCGACACACAUUCAGAGCCAAGUAAAGCGGACGCGGCGCAGCAACUUCACACAGAUGCUGACCUGCACUCCACUACAGACUCCACCGCGUCAUCCCAACCAAGCGCCGACCCCUCUUCUUCCUGCGGACGUGCUCACGAUAGCGGCUAUCCAGACACGCACACGUCGGAUGACACCCAGGACCACGCCGCUCUUUUUACCCAGCUGGAGCUCCUUCACCAGGAGUGCCAGGAGAAAGAGGCCUUGAUCAACAAGCUGGGCGAGCAGCGGGCUGAUUGGGAGGAGCUCCAUGCGCAGCUCCAGGACAAGGAACGGCUCAAUAGCCAAUACGUGGAGGCCUUACAAGCUGCCGAAUCCACCAUCGCCUACCUGACCGCCUGCAGUCUGGACAGCCAGGGUGGGUCCAGACAAGGAGCAACGCCUUCUGAUGUGGGCUCUAGCGGCCCAUGCCUGGAUUUACAGAAAGUGCUUCAGGAAAAGGAGGACAUCAACAAGCAACUCACACAACUUUUGAAUUUAGUAGAGAAGCACAUUUCACUUCCAGAGAGCCAGGAAAAGCAGGGGGAAAUUGGAGAUCUCCGUUUGAAGAUGGAGGCAGUAAAUGCCUCAAUAAACAAGCAGAACUCCAGAGGGGUCUUUGUAGGACCCGAGGGUUCGGCGUACCAGGACUCUUCUCAGGAUAAGUUGAGAUUGAGUACUGCCACACAGACGGCACCUGAAUCUCUCGCAGACAAUGAGUUGUGGGAUCAGAAGGGAAAAAGUGGAAAUUCUGACCAAACUUCAAGUCAGGAGAUGACCCAAGUUCUUGUGAAAUGCCUUAGCUCGGCAGAAUCUGUCAUAGCUUCCCUGGCAGCUGCCUGUAAAAAUACCAUCUCGUUCACCAACCCUCACCUACAAGAGCACUUGGGCAACCUCCAGAGAGCUCUACAAAAGAGACAAGAACUGGAGCGCCUCACUCGCGCCACUCAGCCAAGCACUCAGUCCGAGGAACUUCUCGACUCGGCUAUCCUUUGCAAUCUGGAAAUACUCUGCAAGGUCCUCAAUGAUCACUCUCAGAGGAUUGGUGAGCUCCAGGCCUCUCUCCAGGAAGAGAGGGCCCAGAGGGAAGAGAGCGAGGGCCAUGCAGUGCUGUCGGACACCAAGGGCCUAGCGCCAAGCGUUCAGGCCCAGCUGGAGGCUCUGCACAAGGCACUGAGGGAGAAGAAGAAAGCCUGCAAAAACCUGGAGGAGAAACUCGCCACGGCUCAAUCUACACCAUCCAUGAAUAACGUAGCACAAAAAGCUCUGGAGCGCGAUGACAAAGGUGUGCAGGUGGAUUUGCAGGACCUGGGUUACGAAACCAUGUGCAAGCGUGAGAACGAUAGGGAAGAGAGCAGUAGCACAGACCUCGAGGUGGGCAUCAAAGCAAGCGGAAGCGCUUCUAGUCUCCCUUCGCUGCUGACUCAUGAGCAGUUGCACUUUUCCUCCACUGAACAUCUGGACUCUGCCGCCAGCACACCAUACCCAAGUUCCCCCACUUUGAGCUCGGCCAAGGUCAGUCAGAAAAGCCUUCAGAACUUCGAGGAAUAUGGCCUCUCAGACGACCCGCUACUACUCCAGGCGCAGGUGCGAGAAUUGAAGGUCCACUUGGAAAGCCAAACCAAACUCAUCCACCAGAUGCCAAGUCUUGUGCAGAGGAACCCAGUGCCUGGCCACCGCUCUGACCAGUUGACGAAUCAGGACGGAGCACAAAUCCAUCAUGCAAGGCCCAGUAGGGAGCAGAUGCGAGAGAAAGACUGUGACAGAGAAGCCCCGGCCAUAACUGAUGAAACCAGUGAGACGGAGCGAAAGAAGAGUGCAAAAGUGCAGCUACAGCAUGCCCGCAGCCGCUCUGCCUCCCCUGCCAGCCUGGACUCCCUGGUGCAGUCGCAGGCCAGGGAGCUGUCACAGCUCAGGCAGCAGCUCAAGGAGAGCCGGCGGCUCGCGGGCCUGCAGCGUCGGCAGAUGGUUGAGCUGAGGAGGGCUUUCCAGGAGAUGCUCCACGUCAGCCCGGGGGACUGCUACAUGAGCGAGAUGCUCAAGGAGCAGCUGGACAAGAGCCUGAGUAUUCUAGAUCGGCUGGAGGGACGCCUGGACAAAGGAGAGACUCAUCAGGAUAAUGAAGAUGUGGCGGCUCUGGAGCUUUCUCGCAGUGAAUGCGGGCUGACGGGCAGCCCCGCUGGCCCAAUCCAGCAGGAGCUUGAAAACCUGCGUGUGGAGCUGGAGGCCGAGAGAGAGCGGCUGAGGAAUCAUGUCGGUUACCUGGUCCGGCAAAAUAUCGCCGUGGCCGAGCGCGCCAGUGAGCGCUUGGACGUGUUGGCCAGAGAACUGCAGGAGAAGAACCGCCUCAUCCAGAGCCUGCAGAGUCAGGUCCGAGGCCACAGUCCCAGCAGCUCCCACAGCUCCCACAGCUCCCACUCUGAUGAGGCCUCCUGUCACGGCAGCCACCCCACACAAGGUAGGGACGGAGCCGAAGUGGUGGCGGAAGGCCGACUUUUGGACUUGCAGAGGGAGAACGCACUGCUUCACGAGCGUCUAAGGGACAGCAAGCAGCUCAACAGCAGCCUGCGUAGCGAGCUGGACCUGCGCCUGUCCGUCAUGGCCCAUCAUCAGGAGCGCGACUCUCCGACACAAGCACCCAAGCCCGACGAGAACGUUGUCUUGGCGGCAAAUGCUUCCGCAGAAGCACGCACCGUCACUUCAGACGUGCUGGCCGAGCACCUCGAGGAGAUUCGAGUUUUGAGGCGGCGACUGGAGGAGAGCAUCUCCACCAACGACCGCCUGAGGGAGCAGCUUGAGAGGAGGCUUGCCGAGGUGGAGAAAGACACAGCUACCAACAUCUUCAUCCACGGUAACGAGGAUCAAGCUCAGCUGGUCAACGAGGUUCGCUUCCUGUGGGGUCAGAACCAAGCCCUGAAGGAGCAACUUAACCUGGAGUCCAAAGACAAACAGCGUGAGAGCGAGAGGCUGCGGGAGAGCCUGGCGAGGCGCACGGCCAAGCUGGAGCAGAGCAGAAAGGACGGCGACGCCCUGAGGCAGGAGAACACGAGGCUGCUCCAAUCGCUGCGCACCAGCGAGGAGCAGUUGCGCAGCCUGCAGUGCGAGGUGAAGCUCCAGCAGCAGCAGGUGACCGACUUGCAGCGUCUCCUGCAGUCGCUGCGCAUGGAGCUGCAAGUUCGUGAGAGGAUGGAGACGGCGGCGCACAAUCAAGGCGUCAGCGCGACACCGGAUCCCGGCUCUGCUCUUCUGAGCACUGGCUCAGUGGACCUGUCCGAGCUGCUGUCGGAGAUGCGCCAUCUGCGUGUGCAGCUGGAGAAGAGCAUUCACACCAACACAACCCUGCGACAGAGGCUGGAGGAGCAGCUGUGUCGAGGAGCCGCCCGCUCCGAAACCAUCAACAUCAACUACCGGCUCUCCUCUGCAGUCGAUGAAGGGGGCGUGUCGCCCAGUCGUGAUGGUGUCAACGGCGUUCUUCACGGGGACAGCGCCAACGCUCGAGUGCGCUGCGAGGUGGAUGGCGAUGGCGACGGCGGCGGGAGCAGCAGCUCCAGCGAGAGCGUUACAAGCGCUCCUUCCCGCCUGGUGCCAGGCCACCGCUUGUGGGCCAACCGCAAUGGGCGCCACAUCCUGGCACUGGUAGAGGACUACAGUGCCCUCCGCAGGCUCAUCUCAGAAGGACGCAAGUUGGCACGAAGCAAGGACGCGCAGCUGCGCUGCUGUCUUAACAAGGUACUGGACGAGGAGGGCGUGAAGCAGCUGUUGGGUGACAUGAGCACCAUGCAGCAGGUCCUGGAUGAGGCCGCCCGCCUGCUCAAAUUGGUGUGGAGAGUCUCUCUGCCGACAGGGGGCGCUGCGGAAACGGUCAACGACCAGCAGGAGGAUCUAAAGAAGGAGAUCUCGCGUCUCAAGAGCCGAUUGUCCCAACAGGACAGAAUGCUGACCGGAGCCGUCAAACGCCUGCACACCACCAACCAGCUCAAGGAGGGCAUGGAGCGGGUCAUCAUUGACCAGCUGUCUCUCACGCAUGGUGUCUUAAAGAAAGCCCGCGGAAAUUUAGAGAGAAAUCACUGUUACCUCUUUGGCCCACAAGGCCCGACUGGAGGACAAGGAGGUGCCUGCAAAUGGCCAAUAGGGGAUGCUGGUGUGUUCUCCUCAGCGAGCAGUGAGUGAUCCUGCUUCAUGUUCCUGUCCAGCUGUCACCUUCACCCAGGGGUAGGGGACUCCUAUUACUCGAGAGCCAUAUCCUGCCCCUUUUAGGUGCCACCCUAAUCCUACACACCCGAGUCAAGUGGGGGUGGGGGGGGGGGGGUGCAUCAAAAACAGGCAGGAUCGGCUCUCAAGAAACCGUUGUUCCCUUCCACCUGGGUGAAUGCAGGGGAGGGAGCUCUGGCUCCUUGACAUGUUGUGUGUUUUCCUUUACAUUUGUAAAUAGUUAUCUACUCCUCUUUGUAUAAUGAAUCUAUGAGAUGGGAGCUGUAUAUUUUUAUGAUUUACUGAAUGCAGUUUAAAAAAAAAAAACAAGUUUGAAA